AUGGGCUAUGCUCCUCAUCAAGAAAAGUUACAGAACAGUCCUUCUUUUGAUUACAUUUUGCCUGAUACGUACCUUGAUUGGAGUGAGGUGACAUCUAAUGGUUCAGUAAAUGCGAAAGCUGCCUUUGUAUCUGUCGUGCGGGAAGACGACAUUUAUGCCUUAAGAGCAACCAUGCUUGAUCUUGAACGACGUCUGAACCAUCGCCAUGGUUAUCCUUGGGUAAUUAUUUCAGAAAGAGUCAUGUCACGUAAAUUUCGUGAAUGGAUCACCAGUUCAACAACGGCACCUGUGUUUUUUGGACAAGCACCUGCUAUUGAGUGGCAAGAACCUUAUUGGAUUGACAUCAAAUUGGCUGAGAAGAACUUGAGGGAUCUUGUUAGAGAAGAAGAUAAUGAAAAUUCGCAAAGUAUGAGCUAUCGAAGAAUGACAAGAUACAACACAGGGUUUUUGGCACACCAUUCGUUGCUAAAGAACCUAGAGUUUUAUUGGAAAGUUCAGCCGGGUGCAAGGUACACAUGCGAUAUAUUGCAAGAUCCAUUUGAGCAAAUGAAGAAGGAAAAGAAAAAGUUUUCUUUUGCUGUGACCAUGACAGAACACCAUAAGAAUGUAGUUGGUUUUCAAGAAAGCGUAUUUGAGUUUAUCAAGGAAAACAAAGGCAUUCUGAAGCCUGUAAACAAAAGCAUCUACAAAGCUCUUUUGAAUGACCAAAGUCGUUACCAAUCUCCAAAUCCUUCAAACCCACUUGGUGAAUACAAUGGUCAUUUUUCAAACUGUAUGGUCUACAACAAUUUCAUGAUUGCUUCCCUUGAUUUCUUGAGAUCAAAAGAAUAUACAAAGUAUUUUGAUGCAUUGGAUAUGUCUGGCGGCUUCUUUUAUCAAAAAUGGGGUGAUUCUAUGUCACAAACUGUCGCCGCUGCUUUACUUUUAGAACGGUCUGAACUUGCUUAUAACCAUAUAUUAGGUUAUGAAUACAAAUCAGCAGCUAUUUGUCCAACCGACUUUGAAGUUUAUGUUAAUGCAAAAUGUUCUUGUACUCAGUCUGAUUACAGAGUAAACAAUAUGAGGUUUUGUACACCUCUUUUCAUGAAAGCCAUUGAUGGUAGGCUUUGA